UAGAGCACUUCCUUUUACUUGUCAACAGCGAGGGUAAAGGGGCAGCGAGUAGGAGCAAUACAACCCUCUACAGCAGCAAACAGUACCGAAGGCAGGCGUUGAACAAUUAGUGAAACAAAUCAUAUUCAUAAUUUCAUGUGUCGCGCAUGAAAUUAGUUGACAUAGAUCUGAGUAAUCUCUGAAGGCAGAUGUGGAUGGAGUAAAACCCCCACUACACCCAUGUGUAUAAUUUUUUUCAAGUUUGAUCCCCGACCAGUAUCCAAAAAUGCCUACAGGCUGAUUUUGGCUGCAAACAGAGAUGAGCUGUAUAACAGGCCAUCUAAAGCUGCAGACUUCUGGGGAACCAACAGUGACAUCCUCAGUGGCUUGGACCUGGAAUGUGGUAAGGAAGGAGGGUCAUGGCUGGGCAUCAGCAAGCGAGGCAAGCUGGGCGCGCUCACCAAUUACAUGGAAGGACGUCCCAACCCUGAUGCACAAGGAAGAGGGUUUCUAGUGUCUAACUACCUUGUAGACAAGGACCUAGACAGCUAUGCCUACCUGAAGAAGGUGUCAGCAGACGGCCACCUGUACAAUGGCUUCAACCUCAUCACAGCAGAGUUCAAAGCCAAACAAGAUAUUGUGUGUUACUAUGGAAACAGAGGCAGCCCUGAACCCAUCCAUCUAAAACCAGCAGGAAUCUAUGGGUUGAGCAAUUCACUGCUGGAUACUCCAUGGAAAAAACUGUUGCAAGGCAAGCGUCACUUCACAAGUGUUGUGAACAAUCAGUCGUUGUCCAGUGAGGGACUGGUGCAAGAGCUGCUCAACAUCCUUAAUAAUGAGGAGCUGAACGUGCCUGACCCAGUUCAGGAGAGCCAGGGUGAUGGUUAUAGCAAACCCUUAAUGCAAGCUCUGUCGGCUGUGUGUGUUCGUUCACCUCAUUAUGGCACAAGGUCAGUGCUAUAUCGCUUAUCCACUGUCUUGCUUUGUUUGUCCCCACCUAAAGCGAGUGACAGAGCAGUGUUGGGCUGGAGGAUCACACACGACCGAGAGCUCUAGGACCAAUACAAUAAUCUUGAUAGACUCAGAAGACAACGUGAUCUUUACAGAGCGCACCAUGCUCAACUGUGACACAACCCAAUGGAGCACCAAUACUUUCCAGUUCAAACUGCAGGGGUGACGACGGGAUGGUGGGAACCGACUCUGUGCCUUUCUGCAUCACCUUCUCUUCCAUCACUCUCUUGCAGCGCUCACAGCAGCUAUGUGAACAUAAGCACUUUUUCGCGAGCUAGUCUGCUGCCUUUUAUCUCAUUUUAGUUUAAAUGCAUCUUUUGAAUCAAUUAAAACAUUGCCAAAGAACAUUUUUAAUUUAGUUACCCCAAACAUUUAACCUACAUAGUACGAUUGGCUCGCUUAAAGAAGACUGGAUUAAAGCUGUAAACUUUCUUUGAACCGUACAGUAAUUUUCAGACUCCAACUUGAAUUAUUGUUCUUUACCAGCAGCAAUUAAAACAGAGAACGUGUUACUCUGACUAAAGCUGAUAGUAACACACACACUGAUCAUACUGAUAUUGAUUCAUGACCAUGCGGUGUGCAGCAGGAAUCAUGUUCAGUAAAAUUUAGCAACUUCCCUCACAGUACAAUAGCAUGGGUUACAUCAUCAAGGUAAAAAAAUAUAUUGAUUGCAUUUAUAUUUGAUUUGCCAUGUACAUAUAAUACAUACUAUUGUUAACCAGACAUACUGCAAAGAUGACAGCCUUUUUACUGGCCUCUGGCUUAUGCAACUUUCAGAUGAGGUGACAUUUUACACAUAGAUUAUAUGGCAAGCUGGAUUUUACUUCUAUGAAAAAAUAGAUCCAUCUUUAAAUACUGUUCUGACAUGUCUCACCAAGAGAUGUACAGUUUCAACUAAUAAACGUAAUUAUAGAUUAUUUUGCUUGAUUCUUUAAUUGUCCUGGAUGUUUAAAAUCUACGAGUGUGAGAGGAAGAGAAUAAAGUUCAAGGACAUCUGACAAAGAAGUAAAACCUAAAUGCCUUUUUUUGUACAUCUUCAUUUCUUUCUUGUCUUUAUUAACUUACAUGUACUUUAUGCCCUCGCAGCAAAAAAAACUUUGCCAAUUGUUUACGUGACAUAAAAAAUGUCUCCUGCUGACCAAUAAAAAGUGGAAGUGUG